UAAUUUUAUUAUAUCGCUCAUAAAUGAAAUCUCGAAUAUUUUCUGAAUAACUUAGAAAUAAUAUUAAGCUAAAUGUUAACAUAUAACUGAGUAGAUUAAAUAUCAAAUUAAAAAUACAUAAGUACCUAUCGCAUCUGAUUUAUGUAGUUUGUUAUGUUAAAUUGUUUAAUUAAGUAUUUAAAUGUUAUUCUGAACUUUGUUACGUCUUGUUUGAAUAGUGUAAUUGGUACUACCGUUCUAUGAAUAAAUAAAUAUCUUAAACCAACUAUCUCCAAAAUUUUCAAAAUUAAUGUAAUUUAAUUUUCUAAAACAUACAGUGGAAUAUUUUUCAUUCGGAUAUUGCAUCAUGGUCACGUCGUCAACGUGGCCGCAGGUCCGAAGUGCGUUUCUGUAAAAAUGCUUGCGCGCACUGCAACAGGGCUGCCACGAGUUCCGCACGGUUCGCGACUGUGUAAUUAUGGAUGCAUCACCUAUAUUAGAAUCAUUUAGUCUAGUUUCACUGUAACAAUAUUAUUAACAAUGAUCGUUAUUAUUAGCCAUUUUAUAAUUAUAUUUGAUUAAAAUAUUUUUAUUGUAUAAGUAUCUCAAAUCAAACAUAAUAUUCAUAUGAUUUCCACUUCAAUUCCGAUAAUGAUAUUUAAAAUAUUAGUAAGUAUCUCUGAGUAUUUUUUAUAUACAUUAAUCUUGUGAUAUUUUUCUAAAUAACUUUUGAUGCACGUUGCAAUCAUUUUCAAAUACAUAAUAAUGUAUAUGUUGUCUUAUUAUGUUUUAAAUCAUAAUUAUAGCGACGAUUAAUAAAAAAUAGUACUUUGUUAUAUACAUAAGUGCCACUUGUGGUCUAAACUGAAAAAAUAUUUUUGAUUCUGAUUUUUGAUACCCUCAAGUGCUACGCGGCGGCUUUUCAAACGAAAUAUUUAUAUUAUGUGUGUUUUAAAUAUCAUAUGAAUGAAUCAUAUGAAUAAUCAUGGUGUUUCUUAACAAAACAUUUUUGUCAACCCUAACACAUUUUGCGGAUCUCUGCAAUAAUUUUCAAAUAAAUUGGAAUCGAUUCGACCCGAACUUCAUUCUGUGCUUCAUCUACUGCUUCGUGCAUCAGAAGAACCGUCAACCAACAAGGAACCGCUCCCCAGUGCUCCAGACCUAGUGCUCCAGACCUAGUGCUCCAGACCUAGUGCUCCAGACCUAGUGCUCCAAACCCAGUGCUCCAGGCCCAGCGCUCCAAGUAUUCCGAGUGAGUUUCUAUCAUCUAACAAACACAAUGUGAGUACUCAUGACUAUCUUCUAGUCUUCACUAAACUUCUAGAACUUAGAAUUUUUCUGAGACCUCUCGUCAUCAGCGACGACCACUUUAAAUAAAUAUGGAACUGUACUUAUUAAUUUGAUUCGAUGUUUGUAAAGUUAAAGUUUUCUAGUUACUAAUGAAUUUACUAAGGAUUACCUGCGGAUUCAACCGCGAAAUAAUUCAGUUCGUCUUACACAUUACUUAUAUUUAUAAACUAAUUAUUUUCAGGUCUGACUCCGAGUACGAAUCUGCAAUUGUCGAGAGUCGCAUCUCAAAGUCAGAGAGGAGGAACCCAGCUCUUAUUAUAAGAUCUGACUCCGAAGCUGAAAACGGGACUAGACGAGAUCAGGCAAAAACAUCUAAGAAGAAGUCCAACAAUCGAGCCCCGUCAAAGUCUGAUUCAGAAGACGAUCAGCCUUCCAAGCGUAGCAAGGCAAAGACAACCAAGAGGAAGUCGACAACAUCACGAUCUUCAAAAACCGCUACGCCAAAGAGACGGAACACCAAAAAAGAAGAGGAUCUGUUCGGGCUGGUCUCUGAAGACGAGGAAGACGCAGCUCACGCAAACGCGUCUCGCCGAGCGCCGUCGAGCCAGCUGCCGAGCUCCAUCAGCAGCAAGGUCGCGGACGGGUCGGUGCUGCGGCGCGCGCAGCUGAGCGGCCGCUACUACGCCGAGCUGCGCCUCUACUCCACGCGGGACGCGCUCGACACCCGCCCCGAGACCCGCUACACCAAGGCGCUCGUCACUUUGAAGCUCCAGCUCGACCCGGACCAGCCCGAGUGGGACUUGCUUCAAAAGUUCCUCAGGAGAGCCAAGACGACGUACUUUGCGGAUAGCGUGCCGGUGUUUUAUAAUAAUAAGAUUAACUGAAUUGUAAAUAAAAAUAUACAUAUUAAUUAAGUCUAAUUUACUUACUUAUAAUUUACGUAGGUACUUAAUAAUAAAUGAAUUAAAACCUAGUGUUAUAGUACUUAAUUAACCUCGGUACCUAGCCCAAACCACGUUUCGACGAACUCACAUAUUUCAGCAAGUUACAUAAUACAUUAGUAAAUAGGUACAUUACAUAAAAUCAAUAAAAGUAAAGUUUUAUUAGCUACAAAAUAAUUCCAAUCUUUAGAAGACAGGUUCCGAGGUUAAUUAAAGUUCAUUACUGGUUAAGUUAGGUUAGUUAAAGUUAAUUACUGGUUAAGUUAGGUUAACUAAGAAGAUGCCCUUCUGCUCUGGGUGUGCCGUUCAAGUUGAUAGAAGGAAAUGGGUUGGCCACUUGCGGAGCACCGCGCACAAGAACAAGUGCGCGGCGGUCGCUCAGGACGGAGUCGUUGAAGUCGCGUCUGCGUUCCGCGGUCGCAUAGCCUCCUACAGGUUACCGGUGACGACCGAAACGGAACAUUCUUUUCCAGACUUAUUUUUAAAAAGCGUAGAAUUCAAACUCUACAAACUUUUACAGAGUUCUCUUAAAAAACAUGUAAGCAUCAAAGUAAAUUUAGAAUAUUUUGGUAAUUUCCUUUUGUUCAAAAAUAACGAACAACAAAUAAAAUCGUUCGCAACUAAAAAUAUUAUUGUUCAUCGUAACUUUGAAUUUAAGCGCUUAUUUACAUCAGUAUUAAAUAUCAUAAAAAAGAAGGUUGAAGAGUUUCAGGAACGUGAUAGUGGAUGGACUUUUCUGAGUAAUGUUUAUUUAGAAGUAAAUAUUAACAAAUAUGAUCCAUUAUGUGGAUCUGGGUCGACUUAUGUUGAUUUGCCACCAGUGAUAAAGAAGAAAAAAGCGUGUGUCAAUAUUAAAAAUGACGAUAAAUUCUGUUUUUUGUGGAGCAUAGUCGCUGCGAUUUAUCCUGCUCAAAAGAACUGUGACCGAACUUCGUCAUAUCCACACUUUAAACGGGUGCUCAACAUCGAAGGUAUGUCUUUUCCUGUAACUUUUGACGAUAUAGCGCUUUUUGAAAAAAAUAAUCCAACUUUAAGUGUUAAUGUUUAUUCCUUAAAUAACAAUAAAUGCGUUGUGGGUCCUAUUUACAGAUCUGAAUUUAAAUCAGACUCUAGAAAAAGAAUUAACUUGCUUCUCUUUGAGGACAAUGUACACUCGCAUUUCGUUUUAAUAAAAAAUUUGCCCCGUUUGGUUCGGAGUCAAAUCACAAAGCGUAACGGUAAGUUACAUUUUUGUGAAGACUGUUUAUUAUUUUUUACUUCUCAGAAUAGCAUCGAUAAACAUAUCUGUAGUGGUGUUACAACAGUACUUCCCGAAAAAGGUAGUUAUCUUCAGUUCAAAAAUUUUGAAAGGAAACAAGAUGUUCCUUUCGUUAUUUACGCAGACUUUGAAACCAUCCUUGAACGAUAUCAAGGAUGUGAGCCCGAUCCUCUUGCUAGUUUUACAACACCGCGUCAACGACAUAUCCCAGCAGCUUUUGCGUAUCAAAUAAUUUGUUCCUUUGAUAAUACUUUCAACAAAUUUGUUCAAUAUCGCGGUCCAGAUUGUAGUGAAAAGUUCUUAAAAAAUCUUUAUGAAGACAUUACAAAUAUUUAUAAUAUUUUGAACGUUGAAAUUAGAAUGAUUUUUACCGAAAACGAUAAGGUAAAGCAUUCACAAGCCGACGUGUGUCACAUUUGCGAUAACCUACUGAUCGGAGACAAGGUGCGAGAUCAUUGUCACCUUACAGGUAGAUAUCGUGGCGCAGCACAUCAAUACUGUAAUUUGCGAUACAAUGUCCCUAAGUUCGUACCGGUAUUUUUUCAUAACCUGUCCGGUUACGAUUGCCAUUUGUUUAUUAAAGAAUUAGCUGACAGCUUAGGCCCUAUUAAAGUAAUACCUAAGAACAAAGAAAAUUAUAUAUCUUUUACUAAAUUCCUUACCUUACCAAAUGGAAAAUUUGGACAAAUCCGAUUUGUAGAUUCAUUUAAAUUUUUAGGAACUAGUUUAGAAAAAUUAGUAAGUGGUUUACGUAAAUCUGAUUUAUUUCAUUUGAAAAAUCAUUUUCCUAAUGACAACAAAUUCAGUUUAUUGACACGAAAGGGAGUUUAUCCCUAUGAUCACAUAUCAGACUGGGAAUCAUAUUCAGAAGAAACACUUCCCAAUAAAAAACAAUUUUAUAAUUCCCUUACCAAUGAGGAUAUAAGUGACUCAGACUAUGCUCAUGCCAAAACUGUCUGGUCCGUUUUUAAUAUUAAAAAUAUUGGAGAGUACACCGAUCUUUAUCUUCAAACAGACGUACUUCUUUUAUCGGAUGUAUUUGAAAAUUUUCGACUUGUCUGUAAGCUUAACUAUCAGUUAGACCCUGCUUUCUAUUUAACAGCUCCAAGUUUGUCUUUUGAUGCGAUGUUAAUGAAGACUGGUAUACAGUUAGAAUUGUUACAUGAUUUAGAAAUAAUCCGUCUUUUACAAAAAGGUAUACGAGGAGGUAUCUGCAUGUGUUCUACCAGACAUAGCAAAGCAAACAAUAAGUACAUGUCGAAUUAUGACGAGUACAAGCCUGACUCUUAUUUAGUGUACAUUGACUGUAAUAACCUCUAUGGCUAUAGUAUGUGUCAGCCUCUGCCUGUAUCGGAUUUCAGAUUUUUGAAUAAAAAUGAAAUAGACCAGUUAAAUAUUUUAACGGUACCUGACGAUGCGGACACCGGUUACAUUCUUGAAGUAGAUUUGUUGUACCCAGAAAACUUACAUUGUGACCAUAACGAUUAUCCUUUCUGUGCCGAAAAGUUUGUACCGCCAGGUGGACAUACAUCAAAAUUAAUACCUAAUCUUUAUCCGAAAUUUGAAUACGUAAUUCAUUACGUUCAUUUAAAAACAUGUAUCAGUCAUGGGCUUAUCUUAAAUAAAAUUCAUCGCGUUUUAUCGUUCAAACAAAAUGCCUUUUUAGCUAAAUACAUUAAUCUUAAUACAGAAUUGAGAAAAAAAGCUACAACUCCUUUUCAACAAGAUCUUUUCAAACUGUUAAAUAACUCUGUUUUUGGAAAAACGUUAGAGGAUAAUGAACGUCGUGUUGAUGUUAAAUUAGUUAAUCAAUGGCGUGAUGACUCAAAUAAAACUAAAAAGCAACUAAGCGCUGAUAAGUUAAUCGCACGACCAAACUUUCACAGUGCUACAGUAUUUUCUAAAAAUUUAGUUGCCGUUCAGAUGAAACCUGAAAGAAUAAUUUUGGAUAAACCUAUUUACAUAGGAUUUUCAGUAUUAGAACUGUCCAAAAGUCACAUGUACAAUUUCCAUUAUUCAGUCAUAAAACCGCACUAUCAAGACAGGGUACAGUUAUGCUAUACCGAUACCGACAGUUUCAUUUAUAAAAUUGAAACUAAGGACUUUUAUCUAGAUCUAAAUACCCACUUUCUCAGUUACUUUGAUACUAGUAAUUAUGAUUCAGAAAAUCUUUUUAAUUUGCCAGUAGUGAACAAAAAAAUUCCGGGAUUGUUUAAAGAUGAAAUGGGCGGUGAAAUCAUAACAGAAUUUGUAGGUCUUAGGUCAAAGUUAUACUGUGUUAAAACGGAAUCAAAACUUAUUAAAAAAGCUAAGGGUGUUAAAAAAAGUGUAAUUAAAGACUUGACUUCAACUGACUAUAAAAAGGUUCUGCUUCAUGACCAAAUAAUACGUAAAAAGAACAUAUUGUUCAGGUGCAUCAAACAUGAAAUUUUCACUCAAGCAGUGAACAAAAUUGCUCUAUCAAAUGAGGACGAUAAACGAUUUGUACUUCCUGACAAAAUCUCCACUAAAGCAUGGGGGCAUCAAGAUUUAAUGUUUUAAGUUUAAUGUGUUAAGUAAAUUAAGUUUUAUAAUAUAAGUAUGCAAUAGGUGUAUAGAUAAAUAAAUAUGAUUUUAAUGUAAAAUUACUAACACCAUUAGUUUUUAAUUUACUAACACAAGAUUUAUUCAUAACUGUACAUAAUAAUUGCUAAAUAAAGUCAUAAGUAAAGAGAUUAA